CAACGCUACUAGCUAUCCAAGUACCGGCUCCAUAAAGUCAUGAUCUUGUACAGAACUUGCGAUGUACUAUGUGGGAUAAACAUGCGCAAGGGUCCUUCCAUUGGCUACUCAACAAGAUGCAGGAUUUGGUAUUCCUAUCUGUACGACCUAUACUACGUCGAAACUAGAUCAUAUCAACAGAAGCGGUAAAUCUAUCGUUCGCCGGUCUUUUGUUUCUUCACUUUCGUCUUAUUUAUAGCAUGUUAGCUUCGCUGAACCCUACGGUGGUAAACUUUUCUUUGAUAUCACGCUCUAGCAACUUAUGAGAGAAUCGAUAAAACUACUAUUUCCGCCCCCAAAGUCAAGCUCGACCAAAGUCCGGAAUCUGCCCAUGGCUGCUGCCGCCUCCUCUAAGACUCCUCUCGUGCCUGGGCACGUCGAGGAGAAACAAGCCGCCCUCUUCGCUGACCUCCCGCCGUACUCAGACCCUACAACAGGAUUCGUGUCAUGGCUUCCACGGUCAUGGAUCCCCUAUGCUCAGCUUAUGCGUCUAGAGCGGCCCGCAGGCCUGUAUGCCUUCUACUUCCCCUACCUAAUCGGACUCAUGUACGCUGCUUGUAUUUCCCCUGCUGCCCCUGAGCCCCUCGUCGUACUGCAACUGGCGGCGAUAUUCUUGCCCAUGAAUAUCCUCCUGCGUGGCGCUGCUUGCUGUUGGAACGACACUGUCGAUCAGGACUUCGACAGACAGGUAGAGCGCUGUCGCCACCGGCCUGUGGCGCGCGGUGCCGUCUCAACUGCUUCAGCGCACGUCUUCACUCUAGCGCUGCUGGCAGCUAUCUACCCCAUCUUGAACCUGUUCCCGUCGGGGUGUAAACUGCACAUGGCAAUCAGCGUAGUGCUGUUUUUCGUCUACGCGCUCAUGAAGCGCGUGACGUACUAUCCCCAGGUCUUCCUCGGUUUCCCCUUCGCCUGGGCUAUUUUCUUCUGCGCCGCCGCACUAGACGUAGACCCGUUCGGCGUAUACGCCGCCCCGACUUCCGCUCUUUUUGCCGCCAAUGUCUUGUGGACUAUCAUCUACGACACCAUCUACGCGCACCAGGACGUCAAAGACGACGAGAAGGCUGGUGUCAAGAGCAUGGCCCUGCGCUUUAGGAACAGCACUAAAUUCCUCGCAAGUAGUUUAGCCGUAGUCAUGGUUGCUUUACUCACGCUAUGCGGAGUGUGGACAGGUAGCGGCACGCUCUACUACGUCGGGACCGUGGGAGGCGUUGCCGCAGCUAUGUCGUGGUAUAUCUACAGCGUAGACCUGGGAGAUCCGCAGAGCUGCGGAGCUUGGUUCCAUGAUCAGUUCUGGAUCGUCGGUGGCGCUCUGAUGGCUGGAUUUACUGCCGAGUAUUUGUGCCGUGCAGCAGAUGAGAUGGCUCGGCGUUGGUGACUGCGGGAUGGAAUAUAAGGGGUAUGUAUGACGAACUGGAAUAAGCAUAGUAAUACAUAUGACGGUGGCCCUGGUAACGUGAAUAGGAAUGGCGAAUAGGCUCCUAUAUGAAUAAUGACUUAGCUUUCGUUGUCUCUGUUUCAUUGGUCUCUACCGUACUGCUUCAUUCAAUAGUUCAAUAGUGUAUGGGGUUUACCUACCGUGGUACUACCUAAGGAGGUACCUAGCAAAAGUUUAGGACUUGAAAUAUACAAACCAUAUUAUUCCCCGAAUAUUAAUCUGCAACUAAUCGACACUGUGUGUUAAUAGAAUUGACUACCUAGGUACCGAGUAUAUCUCAUAUUGUCAGGAUUAGAUAAGCUUAGAUCAGAGUGUGUGUGAUGCCAAGUUUCGCGAUAAUUAUCCUCGUACUACAUUAAAGAAGGAAGGAUAUCUUAGAGGUUUAGGAAUAUGCCCGUUAUUGAAUAAGUGUUAAACACCCUGGCUUGGAUAGUGAUAUACUUGACACUAGUUUCAGUUCAGAUGUGGUAGCGGUAAUUGUAUCUUCUGGUUGUAGAGAAGUCUAUAGAAUAGAAGUUGGCCUAUGUAUUAUUGUGGAUUUAAAGGAAAAUGAUACACGGAGGAUGACAUUUGCACUAGGCCUAUAUAACAUUAAUCACUGAUUAA